AUGACAGGUUUAGAGACUAUAGGAGUCUCAGUAGAAGAUGUUACAGGUUUUGAUGAUUUGGUUUGUUUAUGUGGAGAGGAAGAAGUAUCAGACCCAGUUUCGAGAGAACCAGGUGUUGAGAGUGUUGAUAGCUCCCCCGCUCCUGUCUCAGAUUUCUCAUUAGUUGAUGGUCUCUCCUGA